UCCCGGCAAAACAAUGUGCGUGCCGUGACCGUUGGCGUUCUAAACAAACUGAAAGUGUUUUUAAACAACGAAUACAUCAUUAUUUAAACAAUAAAGCAAACAUUGGGGAGAGCAGUUAUUCUGUUGAACAGAUUAAUAAAUAUUGAAUGACGACACAAUGGCACCUGUAAAAGUCAUCGUGCAGGGGAUCCCCAUGAAGACCGAUAAUCCCAACAGUCCUCAAGGCCAGGACAAUGACGAUAAAACCAAACUGGAGAAGUUGUUCUCAGUUUAUGGCCCUGUCCAAUGUCGAUACUUGUGGUCGGAUGCCUCCGCCUACGUUGCUUCAUCCCCAUUCAAGAGACAAAGAAUGGUGAGGAAUGAAAAAGCCCUGGACAAUUUCGCUCACAUUCUUUUUAAGAAUCCUGAAGACGCUGCGAGGGCUUGUGAGGCGGCUGGUAAUCACCAGAUCAAAUUUGAUGAGCACAUUUUGACUUUGACUCCAGUAUCUGGGUCGUUGGUAUCGAUUCAGGAGUUGGAUGAUCACUGUCUCAUUAAGAUAUUUUCACUUCUCGAGACGAAACAGCGUUUGGAACUUGAAGAAGUCUGCAAACGCUGGCAGAAAGUGGCAAAAGUCAGUUGGUCUGAUGUCGAGGAACUUUCUCUGAAGUGGGUUGAUCACACCGACGAGGACGUCGAAAAGUAUCUCACCAGAUGCGGAGAAUACCUCAAGAAAUUCGAGUGCAAGGUUGUCUCUCCAGUUGUUCGCAAUUUAAUUCUCAAACACUGCAAGCAAAUGGAAUCACUGGAUUUGGAGAUCAACUGGGAAAUCGAGGGUGAGAAUGCCUUGACCAGUAUGUUCAAGGGUCUCAGGAAGUUGAAGAGCCUGACCCUUGAUCACACCAGGCUCCUGGAGUUUCGUUUCCUCCAACGACUACCCAAAUCCAUGGAGCACAUGAAUUUCUUCUGCAGCAGUUCCUACAAUCGUCCUUUCAGUUUUGACUUUCGCAAGUUUACAAAUCUUAGAAGCCUCUCUCUGAGUGGAUAUGUCCUAUAUGGCCAAGAAAUCCUGGGGAUUGAGAACAUGGAAAAUCUGACUGAAUUGGAUUUUACCAUGAGCAGCACUUAUCGCUAUUUGACCAGGAAAUUCCAGUUUCUCACGAACCUGAAGGUCCUAAAAAUUCCACAAUCAGGAAUUACUGACGACAUCCUCAUGAACAUCAUCAGGAACAAUCCUGCACUUGAAGAGUUGGACAUCAGUGAGGCACGAGCUAUAACAGAUAGUUCAGUCCGUCUGGUGUCGAUGCUUGAGCAUCUCAAAGAGCUGAAUGUAUCAGUGACACGUGUGACCCUCACCUCCGUGGGCGCAAUGCCAUCACUGGAGUCCUUGAGCUGCCAGGAGUGUCGCAACUUGAGGGACCACACAGUUGGGAGAUUGAUCGAGCAAGCACCCAACCUGAGCCACUUGGAUGUGGCUUUUACUUCAGUGACACCAGCUGUCUUUACUAUCGCCAGUGAAGCCCUGAAGAAGAGGGCUAACUCUGUUUCCCUGGAAUUAAGCACGGAUUACAAGUGUGGGUUGUUGGACGGUGUUAAAGAUCUGUCACCACUACUGCGCGUUGAUUGGGACCAAUGUCGUCAUCGUUCCAUUUACGGUGACAACAAUUAUUCUGUCAAACCUCUGAACGAUGAAUGCCCUGAGGGAGACGAGUAUCUGGAGGAACCCAGUGAGAGCGAUGAGGGCAGUUCCGAUGAGAACGCAGACAGCUUUGAUGAUGAUAGGGAGGAUGAGGAUGACUAAAACCACGAGGACAUUUCAAUUCAGUAGCGAUGUGGUAAAAUCGUUCAAGUCGACUCAUCUUCCACUUGAGUUUUUGAGGAAUAUUUCCG